AUGGGAAAUGGUGUGGGUCCCUCAUUUUUGGAGUUUUCAACCAAACAGCUCUUCCCCACCCGCUCAGUGACUUGUUAUGCGAGCGGUGAACAGUCGACCUGGAAAAUUCUCGGCUGGAAUAUUGCCGGGUGGAACAGGAAGAGAAAUGAUGUAGAGUUUAUUACUUUUAUCCAACAGUGGGAUAUUUUAGUGUUUCAGGAGACAUGGACGAAAGAUGAGAUCAAUAUCAGUGGCUAUAUCAUCUACUCACUGAAAGCCCACUCGGAUACCAAUAGGGGAAGGCUGAAGGCUGGCUUAGCAUGUUGUAUAUCGCUAGCCUUAAAUGUAGAAUCUAUCCGAUUAGCUGACCUGCCCCCCUACGUUAUGGCUAUUUUGAUCAAGGCUAGGAGUGGAGACUUGUUAUUGAUCAAUGUUUAUCUGCCUCCCAGUCAAUCACUUAAUUCCACUACAACAAUUUGGGAACAGUUGGAUAUCUAUAUAACCGAAGCAUUAUUGAAUUUUCCCCAUGCUUCUGUAAUUCUUAUGGGGGAUUUUAACUCCAGAUGUGGUACUGAUGAUAAAACAUUGAUGGCCUCACGUUUUUGGAAAUGGGGAGAUUGCAUAGAUGGUGCUUCUCUCAUUAACCAUUAUUCUAAAGAUAAAUGUAUCAACUCAUCAGGAGCUCGAUUGCUCUAUUUAACUAAGAUACAUGAGUUGACCAUUUUAAACGGUACUAUACCCUCAGACAUUCCUGGGGAAUAUACGUUUCUUUCCUCCCGGGGAAAUAGUGUAGUGGACUAUGUUAUGGUUUCCAAAUCGAUCCUUCCCAAUGUAUCUUCCUUUGAAGUGGGUGAGCAAAUUUUUAGUGAUCACUUACCCAUGAACAUCUAUUUAGAUCUUCCUCAAGAAAGGAGGGGUAAUUUGUUCCCCUGUGCUUUUGAGGAAAGUUCUGCCAAUCUUAGCUGCAAGAUAAAAUGGUCCAAGGAGGUAGAAAAUGAGAUCUCCAGGUUCUAUGAUUCUCCCGAAGAGAGAUUUGUCCCCAACUACAAAUGUGAAAUCCAGAAUAACCUGAUAGCAAUCAUUGGUGGUCUGGACCCCCAAACCUCCCUUCAUGUGGCAACUGUGUUGGACAUCUACAAGAUUCCACAGCUCAUAUAUGGUCCUCCUCCAGUGAUGAAUGAUAAAACUCCAGGCCUUUUUUUCUACCAGAUGGCCCCUAAUGAAGCCCUUCAGUAUGCAGGGAUUCUCUCUUUGCUUCUGCACUUCAGAUGGAUGUGGAUUGGAAUCCUUACUUACAACAAUGAGUAUGGUGAUAUCUUUGUGCAAACAGUGUCUCCAAUGUUUUCUCAGGCUGGCAUCUGUUUUGCCUUCAUAGAAAAAAGCCCCAAAUUGACUUUUGUCACUGAAAUGAAUGACCUAUUUCAAAAGGGGGCAAAAAUCCAUGAUAAAAUCAUGGAUAGCAAAGCGAAAGUAGUAGUUGCCUAUGGAGAAUCUUAUGCCAUGGUAUUUUUGAGAUGGCUCCCAUAUCUAUCAGAACAAGAACAUACGACAAAUAAUCCAAAAGGUAAAGUAUGGAUACUGACAGCUCAGAUGGAGCUCACUUCAGUGGUCUAUCAAAGAACUUGGGAUAUGGAAAUAAUCCAUGGCGCUCUGAAGUUCACAAUUCAUUCUAAUGACAUACCAGGAUUUAGCCAAUUUAUUGAGAACAGAAGACCUCACAAUGCUGCAGGAGAUGGUUUUAUCAAGGACUUCUGGCAACAAGCCUUUGGCUGUGUAUUUCUUCAAAAUGUUCUGGACAAGGUGGAGGGGGCUAUUUGCACAGGUGAAGAGAAGCUGGAGAGUCUUCCUGGGCCUUUCUUUGAAAUGAUGAUGACUGGUCACAGCUAUAGCAUCUACAAUUCUGUCUAUGCUGUGGCCCAUUCCUUACAUGCCAUGUCCUCAUCUAAAGUCAAAGACAGAGCAAUAGUACAUGGAUGGAGAAUGAAGCUUUGGAAUCAUCAGUUAUGGCAGCUCCAUCACUUUCUGAGGGACGUCUCAUUUAACAACAGUGCUGGGGACAAGGUUUCCUUCAACCACAAUGGGGAAUUAACAGCUGGAUUUGAUGUGAUCAACUGGGUGAUUUCUUCCAACCAAUCCUUUCAUAAGGUGAAAAUUGGGAGGAUGGAUCCUCAGGCUCCUCCAGAUAAAGCACUCACCAUUAAUAAGGAAGCCAUAACAUGGCACAGAUGGUUUAACCAGGUGCAGCCCAUUUCAAUAUGCACUGACAGUUGCCAUCCUGGUUCCAGGAAGAAAGUGAAGGAGGGGGACCCAUUUUGCUGCUAUGAUUGCAUCCCAUGUCCAGAUGGGAAGAUUUCAGACCAGGAAGAUAUGACCGACUGUUAUAGAUGCACAGAUGAAACCUAUGCAAACAAAGAGCAGGAUUUAUGUCUUUCAAAAGCCAUGAUGUUCUUGUCUUACCAAGAACCGCUGGGGAUCAGUCUGACCUCUUUUGCCAUUUUGUUUUCUUUGAUCACAGUUGGAGUCCUAGGAACAUUUAUGAAGCACCACAACACUCCCAUAGUCAAAGCCAACAACAGGAACCUCACCUACACUCUCCUCACCUCCCUCCUACUCUGUUUUCUUUGUACAUUGCUCUUCAUUGGCCAUCCUCAGAAGAUGACAUGUCUCCUCCGACAAACUGCUUUUGGCAUCGUCUUCUCAGUGGCUGUUUCUUGUGUGCUGGCAAAAACCACCACAGUGAAUCUGGCUUUCAUGGCCACCAAACCAGGAUCCCACAUAAGGAAAUGGGUGGGGAAAAGACUGGCCAAUUCCAUUGUUAUUUCAUGUUCCCUUCUUCAAAUAGGCAUUUGUGCUGUGUGGCUAACAACCUCUCCCCCAUUCCCAGAUGUUGACAUGCACUCAAUAGUUGAUGAAAUUGUACUGGAAUGUAACGAGGGCUCAGCUGCCAUGUUUUACUUCAUCUUGGGCUACAUGGGCUUCUUGGCGAUGGUUAGUCUUACUGUGGCUUUCUUUGCCAGGAAGCUGCCGGACAGUUUCAAUGAAGCCAAGUUCAUCACUUUCAGCAUGUUGGUUUUUUGCAGUGUGUGGCUGUCCUUUGUUCCAACCUACUUGAGCACUAAGGGAAAGCAAAUGGUAGCUGUGGAGAUCUUUUCUAUUUUAGCUUCCAGUGCUGGAUUGCUGGGUUGUAUCUUUUCCCCCAAAUGUUACAUUAUCAUACUGAGGCCUGAGUUGAAUAUCAGGGAACAUCUAAUGAGAAGAAAGGAUUGA